AUGAAAAAGUCACAAGUCGAAAGGACAAGAAGAGUUGAAAAAGAGUAUUCUUUAGAAGAAACUUCUUUAUUUGACUUUUUAAACGGACUUCAUGCAAUUCAAAAAAUUCAUGUUAUUGAAUUUGAAGCAAAUGAAUUAAUUCAUGACAUUAUUCAGAAUAAAGAAACUAUUAAAGUUGAUUGUAAAUUAAAUGAUUUAAUUGAAUUAAUACAAUUAUUUCCUAAUUGUGAAAUAAUUUCACAAACAACAUUAUUAAGUCCAUUUAUUAUUCAGAUAUAUAACCAAAAAGUUCAUUUCAUUCUUGAGUCUCAAGAGUAUCAAUGUUUAGGUAUUAUAGGUCAAUUAGACAAAAUAACAAAUCGUUAUUAUAUUCAAAUACCUUUUUCACAAUUGGAUAAAUACAAAGAAAAAUUCCUUCAUUUUCCUUCAAUAUCAUAUCUUAUUUGGUCUCCUCAAACAGACAAUUUAAAAGAAUAUUUAACUUCUCAUCAAAUGUCAAUAAAGAUCCAACCACAUUAUUUUAUUCAACAACACUAUAAAAAUUCUCCUUUCGAUUUAUCAAGUGAUAAUGUGUAUGAUUGUAUCGGUGGUAUUUGUGCUGGUGUCCAUUCUAUAUUAGACCCUUAUGAUACUGUCUCUUUUAAUGUUACUCGUUUAAUUAAUGGUAAACAACGUAAUGUUUAUCAUUCAAUUAUUCAAGGUACUCUUCAAUUUUCUAUCACUAAAAAUACUUUCUUAUCAUAUAAUUCUUGUCCUAAAGUUAUUGUUCUUUAUUGUUACAACUCAGCUCCACUUCUUAACAAAGAAGUACAUCAUGGAUUUAAUCAAACAAAUAACAGUAUGAUUAUUACUCUGCUUUUUAACGAGAAUAAAGUCAAGACUUUUGUUGAAUUUCCUUAUUGUGACCAUUUCUCACUACAUUGA